AUGGUUUACGCAUCCGAUUCUAACAAAUGGCGUGCCUACCAGUUCUCGGACCCCUUUGCCGCUGGACUGUUCUUAGUUUGCAACAAAGUCAACAAGAUGUUUUGCCGUCCGGAUUGUGAUGCCCAUCCAACCACCGAAUUGCGCUCCCUGAUCAAGUUCGUUGAUACAACACAAGAGGCAAUCUCUUUGGGCUAUGUUCCCUGCGAGACUUGUGGCCCAAUGUCUGUUCCAAAGAUUGAUGUCAACCUUCUACUCAGAACUGUCAAGGAUUGCAACAACCGUAUAGGAUUCGUCCCUCCUUUGAUGGAUGACGACGAGUCCAAGAUCACAGAGACUAUUAAAGAGAACAUCAUCGGACAGGGAAUGCAACGCAGACAGCUGGUUCCUGCCAUUAGUUACGACCACAACAAGUACAACACCGAGAAGACUGCCAGCUACUCCGUCUCAAAGAACGACUCCGAGCAUUACCGUCUUAUUGACUUGGCAUGCCGCCAUCUUGCAUUGGCUGCUGCUAACUCCAUCUUUAGUCCUCAGAGUCCAUCCGGUUCUCUGAGCCCUGUUAGCGACGGAGGAAGCCCCGACAAGAAGAAGAGCACCAAGAAGAGAAGAGGAGGAGUCUUGGGAUUCAAAGAAUUGGCAGCUAAAUCAAAAUUGUCUGCAUGGCACUUCCACAGAGUCUUUAAGAGCAUUACGGGAUUAACUCCCAAGAACUAUGGUGACAUGUGUUGGGAGUACUUGGAGAAGGAUAAAUCAGACCGCGGAUCUAACUCUGUGUUGUCUCCACCUCCAAGCAUGCGCGAGUCGCCAGUGAUUUCAAUGGAUAACGGCAACUCUUCUCUCUUGCGCAACUCUACGGUUCUGCAGGAUCAAGACCAUCAAUUGAACAGUACUGUUAUGUUCAACACUGCACCCGGUGGCUUCUCAUACGUCAGCCCCACCCACAGCGACUCAUCGCUGCAAAUGCUCCCUAUCAACAACAAGAGACCCAGAGAGGAGGAGUUCGAUGAUCUGGAGUAUUCCCCAAAGCGUUUCUACAUGCAAGCCCCAUCAAAUGGCGGCAAUGCAGGCGCUGGCGCCAGCAAUGCCUCCAUGAACAAUUCCACUGGGUACAACUCCCACUACGAUUCAGAAUUCGGCCCAUAUGUGGACUUUUCUAACCGCGCUACCUCCGUUCCUGACUUAAUGUUGUAUGGAAGUACCAUGCCAAACUCCUUGUUUGACCACUCAAAGCCUAUGGAGUUUUCAGGUAUGGCAUCUGAGCAGCCCAUUGACGGCCUAGAUGUAGCUGACUUUUCUCCCUCUUCGAUCACUAUAACUAAUGCACCUCCACACUUGUUGCACGACCCAUACCUCCCUACUGAGGACAUCAUUAACGAGGCCAUUUUUGCUGAGUCAGAUAUGUUCUGCUCUGACUUGUUCGCAGAGCCUCGCAAUGACUACUUCACAGGGGAAGUCUCCAACGAUCCAAUGAUGAUGGGAUUCAUCCCUGAGAUUGUUACGGGUACUGAUUAA